UGCAGCAUGAAGUGUUGAGGUGAUCCAUGGCAACAGAGCAGCAGCAACCAACCGCCGAGCCUGUCCUCUUCACUCACUCACACACACACUCACUCACUCUCACACACUCACACACACCGUCAAUCUCUACACACUCUCCGUCAAUGUAACCGGAACACACCGAGGAGGAAACACUCCGAUCGGCUCCCGCUGAAAAACACUUCGGUAUCAAGGUGACCGUCCGGGAGCCAGCCAGCCAGCCGGCCAGCCGCCCGACUAAUAUCCAGCUCCUCAUCAGCGCCAGGUGACAGCAGACGGGACCCGCGCCUCGGUGCACCGCAAACGGCCACAUCUGUGAACGGACAGGAUGGUUGUAGCUAACAUUUCUGGGGCUUAACCAACAAAACAUUCACCCCUUUUUGGUGUACUACUAUCGGGACAAGAGCAAAAUGAGACCAAUUUUUAACACUUUGUGGGCUAAAGAGGCUUCAUUCUUUUGAUUUUUUUUUUCUUGUUGUGUCUCGGCAAAAAAAAAAAAAAAAAAAAAAAAAAAUCCGACACUGUCCCGGUCCUCUCCGCCGCUCGCUGGCCGUCUCAAUUGCAGCGUCCGGUUUAUUAUUAAAGCCCAUAUCUCUCUGAAGCAUCUGAAGCAUCGCUGUGAAGAUGGCGACUGGGUCGGGUUGGCAGCAGUAUUACUGCCCUGCCGGUCAGGGGAAAUUCAGUUCGUCCACCACGACAUCCAGCAUGUCCUUUCAGUCCGGCAUCACCAUGGAAUAUACCCAAGACCUGCACCUGAAGAUGAGCAAGAAAAUCGCACAGCUAACAAAGGUUAUCUAUGCACUGAACACGAAAAACGACGAACACGAGGCAGCCAUCGCCACUCUGAAGGAGGCCCACGAAGAGGAGGUGCAGCAGAUUCUGUCCGAGACCCGGGAGAAGAUAUUGCAGUACAAGAGCAAGAUCAGCGAUGAGAUGGACCUGAAGAGGCGGAUCCAGUCUCUGGAGGAGUCCAUGGAGCUCCACGAGAGGAUGAAGAGGCAGGCGCUGGCUGAGUUCGAGAGCUACCGCCAGAGGGUUGAGGACAUGCAGCUUUGCACUGAGGCUCAGCACACGCAGCGAGUGGUGUCCAUGUCGAGGGAGGUGGAGGAGAUGCGGCGGUCCUUCGAGGAGAAGCUACGCACAUUCAGCUCGGCCCAGAACCAGUUCGAGCAGGAGAAGAAGGUGGCUCUGGAGGAGCUGAAGGCGCAGCACAGACAGGAGGUCCAGGAGCUGCUCCGCAGCCACCAGAGUCAGAACGCGAACUACAGCAAAGACCAGGAGAAACUGGGACAGCUUCAUAAAGCCGAGGUGGAUUCUCUGACAGAGCGGGUGGAGGAGCUGAAACAGGACAAGAAGAGGCUGGUGGAGGAGUACGAGGCCAAACUUAGCAAGGCUCAGGCCUUUUAUGAGCGCGAGCUGGAGGCCAUGAAGAGAACUCAGCAGCUGACCGCUGACAACCUGUUGGCAUGGAAACGCACCGAGGCCGAGCUGCGGCGGGAAUUUCAGACUCAGGAGGCGGCGCUCCAGAAGACCCUCGGCAAACUGAGGACCGAGCUGGCCCGGGUGUCGGAGGAAGCCCGGGAGAACCGGGAGAAGUCCUACAAGCUUCAGUCGUCACUCAACGCCUCAGAGAGCAACGUGAAGGACUUAACCAAGCAGCUGGAGGAGGUGACCCAGAACUCAGAGAUUGUGGAGAUCCGUCAGAAGGAAGCUGAGUGUGAACUCGAGGCGGCCAGAGACCGAGUUCAGCAGCAAGCAACUGAAAUACUGCUCAAAGCCAGUCAGAUAAGCAGCCUGCAGGCCACCCAGAUGACCCAGGAAGCAGCCAUCAGGGACCUGGACAACGAGCGGAACCGACUGAAGGACAAAGUGCUGAGGAUGGAGGAAGAGAGGGAGGCUCUGCAGAGCCAGUGUCAGGCUCUGGACGAAAGACAGAAACAACAGCUUCAGUCUCUGGAGAAGACCCUGCGUGAGGAGAAGGCGUCCCACGAGAAAGAUAUGAGCAACAUGCGAGCUCGAUCCGAAGAGGAGGCCAGCCAGAUGAAGGAGAGCCAGGCCCGAGCUCUGGAGGAAGUCGCCAAGAAGCACAGACUGACCCUGGAGAACGCUCUCACCAACGCCGAGCUCGACAAGAACCGCCUGCUGGCUGAGCUGGAUCAGCAGUUUGAGAGGGAGCGCCUUUCGCUGGAGGAGCAGAAGACGCUUCUCAGGCAGCAGCUGGACGAGCUGAGGGAUGAGCUGACCUCCAAACUCACUGCAGCCAAUGAGGAGGUGGCUCGGCUGCAGCAGGAGGUGCAGCAGGGGGAGCGGGACAUCGGGACAGCUGAGGGACAGAUCUCCACGCUGAAGGAGGCGCAGGACAAACUGCUGGAGGAGCUGGACGCCACCCGGGCCCGGCUGAGAGAGACCAGCAACCUGCUGACUGCACUCCAGGGAGAGUUGGAGACCCAAACACGUCAUCAUGAAGCCAAACUCAUCACCACCAAAGAAGAAGAGAAACACAAGAUGGACAAGAUGGCUCUGGAGCUGGAGCUCAAAUGGACUGAAACACUCAGGCAGGAGUGUAAGAAGCUGCGCGAGGAGCUGAAAGAGGAGCACGAGGAGGACAAGGCCUCGGCCCUGGCUCAGCUGGCGCAAAGCAAGGAACAGGAAAUGAGCAACGCCAGGGAGAGCUGGCAGAGGAAAGUGGAGGACCUGCUGGAACAGAUCUCCCUGCUGAAGCAGAGUCUGGAAAUGCAGCUGUCCCAGUCACAGUCGUCGCUGCAGCAGCUGCAGCACCAGUUCAACCAGGAGCGAGAGCACCUGAGGAUGCAGCUGGACGAGCUGCAGACGGAGCACCAGAGGCGGCAGCAGCGUCUGCAGGAAGUCCACUGCUGCUCCAUGCAGGACAUGGAGCACGCCAGGCAGAGGGACCUGAAGGAGUUGGAGGAGCGUCUUCGCCACCAUCACCAUGCAGAGCUGCAGUCUCUCAGAGAGGCUCACCGCCAGAGCAUCGAGACACUCAAACAGCAGUCGGAACAAGAGCUGCAGACACUUCGCUUUGAACUGGAGGACGAGGGCAAAGCCAUGCUGGCCUCUCUGCGAUCAGAGUUGAACCACAUCCACGCAUCAGCCAUCGAACACCUGAGACAAACCCACCAGCAGGAGUUACAAGCCGCCAAGGUGGAGCUGGAGAAAACACUGGAGAAUAACCGGACACAGGAGCGAGAGCUGUUGGGUCGGAUCACUGAGCUGCAGGAGGAGGUGUCCCGGAGGAAGAACCACAUCGCUCAGCUGGACCACCAGAUCCACACGCUCAAUGAGAACAUCAGCACUCUGACUAAAGAGCUGGAGCUCAAGGGCAAGGAGGUGCUCAAGAUCCGCAGCGAAGCCAAUCAGCAGAUCAGGGCUCACGAGCAAGAGCUGACGAAGAGGCACGAGAGGGAACUUAACGAGAUGAGCGCCGUCCACAGCAGGGAGACGCAGAACAUGCUGUCAGACUUCAACAAAGCCCAGGAAGUGCUCAAAGACAAGAUCUCCGCCCUCCAGAUACUGCUGGAAGGAACAGAGGAGAAGUUCAGGAACAGGGAGAGUCGUCCUGAGGAUCUGCAGAUCAUCGCUGAGCUGAAGGACAUGGUGUCAGAGAGGGAAUCUUUAGUCAAGAAACUUGUGGACGAUAAGAAGUUCUACCAGCUGGAACUCGUCAACAGGGAGACCAACUUCAACAAAGUGUUCAACGCCAGUCCUAAUGUAGGAGUUAUCAACCCACUCAUCAAGCAAAAGAGAAAGAAUGAGAAAACAGCAGCCAGCAGAUUCAGCAGCUCUUCUAAUGUCAGGGCUAUGGAGGCAUCGGGUAUGGGCGUGGGCGUGGCAGGUUCGGGAAGUGGGCAGCCCCCACAACCCCCACCACCACCCCCAGCCCAGCCCAGCCGCCUAGAGCCCCUCCCCAACUCCCCCCUCCACCACCUUGAACUCAACUCCAACAAACCUCUUCCCCCGCCGACCCCUCCCACCGAACCCAAGAAAUUCAUGAGCCCUCCUGAAACAAAGACUGACUCCGCCAUCGACUCCCCGGACGCCCAGCGCCAGGAGUGGUUCGCUCAGUACUUUUCCUUUUGAUUGACCACAAACCUGCAAACACAAGGAUUCAGCAUGUCAACCAAACUUGAGAAGAAAAAAAAAAACUGAGAUCCAAAAAAAAAAACAAAACAAAACAAAAAAAGAGAAAAAAUGUUAAAACUAUUUGUUAUUUACUGUCAUUGAUCGGUAUGGGGAUCAGUUCACUUUAGACGCAGCCAGCUGGAAGUCUAAUUCGUGGUUUGAGGAUUAAUUUGUCAUUGAUCUGUUCGACGAAGCGCGCAGAGCUCGAUGUCCUUCAUCCUCGCUCCGGUGAAUAAUGUAAAGAUGACCCGCUUCCUGUCGCCUGGCUGAGGGGAAAGUGAACGGAUCCUGACCAUCACUCUGAUCUGAUUUGAUUGUUUGAUUCUCUCUGAUUGUUUCACUGUGGAUGAGUUUCUCUCUUAGUACAGUGACAAUGAUCAUCAGUCUGUUUCGAUGUUUAUUUGAUUUCUUUACUUCCUGACUUUUUUUUUUUACUUUUUUUUUUUUUUUUUUUUGCACUUUCAUGGAAUUAGAAAAAAAAAACAUUGAGUGGUGCAUUAUCAUGCUGCUAAUUGCCAUCGUUGGACUCCAGUAAGAAACAUAUAUAUAAAGAAAUAUACGGUAGGUUAUUGUGCUCUCUCUGUACGUGGGCCCACUGCAUACAGCAUCUUAGACUAGGAGCGCUGAUCUACGACCAGUUCGCCCUCCUCAUCAACGGUGACAUUUCCACGGACCUGAUCCUAGAUCAGUCACACUUCUCUGAUAUGCUCCAUGAACAUAGGCUCUGGUUUUAGGACGGCACCAUCAUGGCGAGUUUGUUACAGCUGCAUAGAAGUUUCAGCAGAUUUUGGUAGAAUAUUAAAACCUGUUUGUAUGGUUGUCUGUCUCAACACAGAUAUAAUGAUGUCUCACCAAUUUUAAAAACAAAAAUAGCAUAUUUUAUAUUUAUAUUAUAAUGUGUAUGCUUAAUAAAUAAUUAUUGUGACAUUUA